AUGCAGGGGAAGGGGGACGCUCCCUCCGCGUCUCGCUCCGCGGCCGUGGAGGCUCCCUCGUCUCCGCAGGCGGCGGCGGGGGCAGAGGAGCCGCGCGGGUGGAGCGAGGCGCAGUUCCGGCACUAUAGCUUCGCGACGCGGCCCAUCGCCCGGCUGCGCCACGGGGACCCUCGCGCCGAGGAGCUGCUGGAGAACGAGGAGCCGGUGGUGCUCACCGACACCAAUCUGGUCUAUCCCGCCCUGAAGUGGGACCUGGAUUACCUUCAGGAGAACAUUGGGAGCGGGGACUUUUCGGUGUACCGAGCCAGCACCCACAAGUUUCUGUACUACGAUGAGAAGAAGAUGGCAAACGUGAAGAACUUCAAACCGAAGUCCAGCAGAGAGGAGAUGAAGUUCAGGGAUUUUGUGGCGCAGCUCCAGGAAAUCGAGCAGCAGGGAAGCGGAGAAAGGUUAUAUCUCCAGCAGACCUUAAAUGACACAGUUGGGAGGAAAAUUGUGGUAGAUUUCCUGGGCUUUAAUUGGAAUUGGAUUAACAGACAGCAGGCAAAGCGAGGCUGGGGUCAGCUGACAUCCAACUUGCUACUGAUUGGCAUGGAAGGGAAUGUGACACCAGCUCACUAUGAUGAACAGCAGAAUUUCUUUGCUCAGAUUAAAGGUUACAAACGAUGUAUUCUGUUUUCACCUGAUCAGUUUGAAUGCCUUUAUCCCUAUCCCGUGCACCAUCCAUGUGACCGGCAGAGCCAGGUUGACUUCGACAAUCCCGACAAUGAGAAGUUUCCUAAUUUCCAGAACAUAGUUGGCUAUGAGACCGUAGUUGGCCCAGGCGAUGUGCUUUAUAUUCCCAUGUAUUGGUGGCAUCACAUUGAGUCAUUGCUGAAUGGAGGAAUUACUAUCACUGUAAACUUUUGGUACAAGGGUGCCCCAACCCCUAAAAGAAUUGAAUACCCCCUAAAGGCUCAUCAGAAAGUGGCUGUAAUGAGGAACAUAGAGAAAAUGUUGGGGGAGGCCCUUGGAAAUCCACAAGAGGUGGGUCCCUUGUUGAAUAUGAUGAUCAAAGGGCGGUAUGACUAAUCUUGGGCUUCUGCAGGAUGUCAGAGCUGUUUCACAUACAUGUGGAAGAUAUCAAGCGCUAAUAUUGCACACAGCACUUAAAAACAGACAGAUUCCUAGUCCAGCUCUGAUCCACUCUUCCCCAGUCUAGGGGAAUGACUAGAACUCCGAAAUGUUCCAUUCAUCCCUUUUUCAGCUUCACCAGACCUUACAGAAUAAUUCAUCCUUACUAAGGAAGAACUCGGCACCAGUAACUCUGUGUUCCCUGCCUGCCUAGAUACAACAGUUGGCACCUGGUACUUGAUGAUAUUUAUUCGUGAUAACAUCUUUGUAAUUGCCUACAUGAGAACUAGAGGAGCAAUUUUGAUUUUCUCUCUAUAAUUCAGUGUUAGGAAUCAACUUGGAUAACUUCCAACUUUAAAUCAACUCAUCUCUAUAAUUAGCAUAUUUUCUUAAAGGCAACCUUUUCUUUGAUAUUGCAAUUUCUUAAAGCCCAUUGAAGGAUACAGAUAAAUGAAGGACAUAAGUGAUGGAGACCUUAAGAGCUUUUAAAUCCAGUGUGUCAGUUUGUCAUAAACAAUAUAUUGAUUUCUAAUUCUAUAAAACUAGGCCAACACGCCUAUGUAUACAAAUGGACUUUUUUCCACUCAGGACGUUCAUAGAAUUGGACAAGCCAUAGCGAGUGCCCUUUGUUAAUAAAACUUGUGUGUCAUAUUUUUCACUUAACCAUGCAUGGUUAUACUAAUUCAUUGCACUUUGCCUUCUGUAUGCCAGAUUAUGUGACAGAUCAGUUGGUGAAGAAAGGAGAGCAGUAAAGCUAUAACAACAAGCUUUUUUCGCCAUUUUGCUCUUUCAUAUGUUUGGAAAGAUGUGAGUGUGGGCUUUGUGAUUGUAUUUCAUUAAGAUAGGAGUGCAGAUUUUAGAGUUUAACUCCCAGAUAACCAAGGAACAAUUGCUUCAUUUGCCGUGAAGUCACUGUUCUAUGAAAUGGAGAGUUCUGAAGACCCACCCUUAGGGAUCGUUUUUUUCCAGCAAGAUAGGUUAUAGCUAGAUUCUGGGAGAACAUCUAGAUGUAACAACCUGAGUUUCUGGGAUUCCCUCCACUCCGGCCUACUGUGAAUUCUAUAAACAGCUGAAGAAAUGUCAAAAGCUAGGAUUUCUCAACUUCCACAAGGUGUGUGUCUUGAAUGGAACCUGAAAAUGCCAUGGAGCUUUGUUAUGAGUGAAGCCUUUGAUUUGAUGUAGCUACAAGCCACAGGGAGGCAGCAGAAGACCAGCGUUCCUGAUGCUAUCUCAUACAGACCAGGAAGAAGGUGGCUUUUAGAGAACAAAAUUGGACUUGAUGAAUAGUAAUAUCAAUAAAAUCAUUGUUCCUGUGGCUGAAACAAA